UAUGGUGGCCAGGAGAAGAAAUGAUUCAGCCCAGCGAUCUGCGGGACAAGCAAUGCGUAGGAAGCGGAACUGGCAGAGCCUUGCAGCACUUCCAACACCCCAUCGCCAGUGGGUUUACCCACACAGGAGCAGGGACUGGUGGAUUAAUUGUGUCUGGUCAUCAUGGGAUGAUGAGGAGUGGCUAGGAAACUUUCGGAUGACCAGACGCACCUUCUGCCGAAUAACCAGGAGUGUCGCUCCCCUCAUGGAGCAUGAGAACACCAACAUGUGGCCAUCCCUGCCAGUGGAGAUGCGUGUCGGCAUGGCAAUCUGGUACCUUGCUAAUGAGAAAUGUUUCAGAACAGUGAAGCAACAAUUCGGAACAGGAUAUACAUCGGUCGCAGAUGCUGUCCAUGACUUUUGUCGUGCUGUGGGGGAGGUGCUGUUCAAGAGGGUGGUCCGUUUUGCAGAUCCCAUUGACCAGGUAAUGGCUGGGUUUUCAAGACUGGGAUUCCCACAGUGUGUCGGUGCCAUAGACGGUUGCCACAUUCGGAUCAUGAACCCCUCAGACACAAGUGCGUACAUGAACAGGAAGAAUGUCGCCUCUGUUCUGCUGAUGGCCGUGUGUGACUCCAAGGGACGUUUUUUCUCUGCCAACAUUGGCCAGCCAGGAAGGAACCAUGACGGCUUCGCUUUCCGUGAAUGCAAUUUCACGAGUGCCAUGGACAGGGGUGCCUUCCUGGAAAGCAACCCCACUCAGACAAUUCAGGGGGUGGAUGUUCCCACCAUAGUGAUUGCAGAUGGAGCGUUCCCAAUGCGGAAGUGGCUGCUGAAGCCCUACUCUCCAGCACACAACACACUUGAGAGAAACUUCAACAGAAGACUCUCCAAGGCCAGGUGUGUGAUUGAGCAGGCUUUCGGCCGUCUAAAGUCCCGCUGGUGAUGUAUCUGGAACUGCUUGCCGGUUGGACUUAGCAAUGUGAAUGCGAUAAUUGCGGCCUGCGUUGUCCUACACAACAUCUGUGAGUCUGAGGGGCACAGGGCACCAGAGUGCUUUGCAAGGGCAGGCCCACUGCUCUCACAGUUGGAAGAGCAGCAGCCGCCCGUUGCGGGUAAUGACUGCCCACUACCAGACGACAAGACCAACUUGGAGGAGGGGAAAGUUGUCCGCGAUG